AUGGCGUCCUACUUUAAGAUUCUAGACGUCACGUACAAAUGUGAGAAAGAGUGUCCAUGCCGUCCAGAAAACAAGUUGUCCUCUUCCCUCAAACUCUCCACUGAGCAACCAACAACUCCUUCCACUCAAAAGAAAGUUCGCUUCACCGUCGUUCCAGUCACCGAAACCAACACAUACAUGUCAGGAAGUCCAAUCAGAUCCGGGUGGUUUUGA